UAUAAAUUCUCCCACGCAGCCUCGGGGGCCGGGACAGAGACGAGAAAGCUGAAAAUGAAAAGACUGGAAAGCUUUAAGCCUCCAUUGAAAGUCUCAACUCUCAACUAGGUUUUUGCUUUCCUGCUCAUUCAUAUUUUCUCUUCUUCAUAUUUGAUUUGGCUGUUCAAAUCUUUCUUUUGCUUCUCUUCAAUCUUGAGUUCUGAGGUUUGGGGUUCUGUUGUUUCUGGCCUGGUGGGAAGAAUGUCGGUUUCCGUGAAUUCAUCGGACCAGGUCUGUGAGAAUGGAACUGCUGAGCUACUUCCUGCUACGAAUGACGACCAUGGAGGUGUUAUUGUGGACAUGAAGGAUGCUAUGGAGCCUCAGGCAUUUCGUGCUUUGCUUAGAGCUUCAAUAGUUCAAUGGAGGCUACAGGGAAAGAAGGGAGUUUGGAUAAAAUUACCCAUCGAACUUGUAAAUCUUGUUGAAAUGGUAGUUAAGGAAGGAUUUCACUACCACCAUGCUGAGCCACAUUACCUCAUGCUUGUUUAUUGGAUUCCUGAAACCACUAAUACUAUACCUGCAAAUGCUUCACACCGAGUUGGUGUUGGUGCUAUUAUUUUGAAUGAUAAAAAUGAGAUGCUUGUAGUCCAGGAAAAGAGUGGCAGGUUACAAGGAACAGGUGUGUGGAAAAUCCCUACCGGUAUAGUUGAUGAGGGUGAGGAUAUUACUGUGGCAGCUGUAAGGGAAGUUAAAGAAGAAACAGGAAUUGACGCAGAGUUUUCAGAGGAAGUCGGAUCUGUUUUUGUGUGCAUGAUGCGUCCUCUAUCCUUUGACAUCCAAAAGCAAGACCUAGAGAUUGAGGCAGCUAAGUGGAUUUCACUCGAGGAAUUCGCAGCUCAACCAGUCACCCAAAAACAUGGGCUCUUCAAGUGCAUCCAUGAACUUUGCUUGGCAAAACUAGCUCUCUUACCAGAACCAGGAGGAAGAAGAAGAAUGUUUCCUCUGAAACUCGCUGUGUUUUUCACAGCACUGUGUUUGUCUGUCUUCUCCAACCUUGUUUUCAUCAAGGAGAUCUCUGGAGACGCCACACCUUCUUCUCCUAGUGCUAAUUGCGUCACUUGCACUACAUGUCAGUACCCAUGUCCUCCCGCAGGAGGGGACCCCUUAUAUCCCCCACCUCCACCAUACAAACCGGGAGUACCCGCCACCGCCACCACCGCCACCGCUCAACAGCCUAGUCAUCAAGGAAAAUGUCCCCAGGUCAGUAUCAGUGUUGCCAAUACCCUCAGGGAUACUCCCUCCGGGCCCGAUUCCUCAGUACCUCACCCUCCAGGGACCUUUGGAGGAGGAGGAGGAGGAUAUGUGCCUUACCCUUACAAUUCGGCUUCUUCGUCUCCUUUGUCAGUCUUGCUUUCAGUACUUGUGAUGAUGCUGUUCUCAUCUGCUGUUUUCCUUUAA